ACUACACUUCCGGUUUUUCGGACUUCUGUAAGCCGGGGAGUUAUAAAAACCGAAAUACGGAUUCAGAAUUAGUUUAAAUUGUGUCGAGCAGAAGUCAACUCUAACGAAAACUUUAAACACACUUUCUGACUCGUUUUUGGUUUUUAUUUGUUCAGUAUAUUAUUGUAAAACCUUGACUAUUCUCAUUUUCUGCUUGAUAAGAAAAAGAUAAUACAUAAACAUGCUGUUCUCAACCAGUACCCAAAGGAAAUUUUGGAUAUUUCCUUCUAUUGACGAAGUAAGGAACUUAAGAAAUGAAGCGAAUUCUGAAUUUAUCAAUAAAAUAGGCAUAAAACAAUUAUCCGAAGAAGAAGCUAGAUACUUGUUGACACCUCAUCAAGAAUAUAAGCUAAGUCUAGCCUACGAAUACGAAAUUAAGAAAUUUUGCAUGUCUUUCCCUACACCGUUACCUUCAUUUGUUAUUGCUACAUCAAUGAUCUACUUUAAAAGAUUUUUUCUACAUAAUUCUAUCAUGGAAUAUAAUCCUGAAGAUAUAAUGAUUACCUGCAUAUUUCUAGCAUGUAAAGUUGAAGAAUAUUACGUUUCAAUUCAAAAUUUUUCGUCGUAUUGUAAGCUCAUGCCGAAAGAAGCGUGUGAAAAAAUUGUAAGAGACAAUGAGCUUUUAGUAAUGUUAAAAUUGCACUAUCAUCUUACAAUAUAUAAACCAUAUAAAGCUGUAGAUGGAUUCUUAUUAGAUAUCAGAACUCGUUGUAAAGAUGUUAAAUUUAAUUUUGAGAGAGUUCAAAAGAUCGCCUUAGAAUUUAUAGAUCGUUCUCUUCAUACUGAUGUAUUUUUACUAUAUUCUCCGUCUCAGAUUGCUCUUGCUGCAGUUUUACAUAGUGUUCAUAGGGAAGGACAUAAUCUUGAUGAAUACGUUUUAACCAUUCUUUUGCACGAUGUACCACAAGAGACGAUGACAAAAGUUAUUGAACAAAUAAAAAAACUCCGCAAACUUGUUAAACAUCAGGAGAAGAUAAAUAGGAAUGAGAUAGCUGAUAUUGAAGCUAGAUUACGUGCAUUUAAAGCAACCACAACCUGGAGAUCAAGGAACUCUCAAUUUGACGGUGAUAGUCAAGAUUCUGAAACCUGUAUGGACUAGUUACUAUUCUCAACUCUAUCUGUAUUAUAGUAUAUUUUUUUUCUUGUUUUCUCACAUUAACCCAAAAAAGAGUCAUGCGAAUUUAUUCUGAAGAUAAAAAGAGUUUGUACUUAAAAAAAAGAACUUUAUUUCCAACUUAUUUUGUUUUUUUUAACUGUUUCAUAGCCAAAUAGAAAUGUAUUUUAUCUGUUUAUUAAAGUUAAAUUUGAGAAAAAAAAUAGUAUUCUUGUUCUUUAUAUCUGUGUG